AUGGCCGCGGCGAUCCUCCGCCGCCUCAACCCCACCACCGCCACGCUCGUGGCACCGCUACUACCCCUCGCACGAGCAGCCUCCGACUCAACCUCACCGCUCACCAUCGAGACCUCCCUCCCCUUCUUCCCGCACAACAUCGACCCGCCCUCCCGCACCGUCUCCACCACCCCGGCCGAGCUGCUCGCCACCUUCCGCACCAUGGCGCUGAUGCGGCGCGCGGAGAUCGCCGCCGACUCGCUCUACAAGGCGAAGCUCAUCCGGGGCUUCUGCCACCUCUACGACGGGCAGGAGGCGGUGGCCGUCGGCAUGGAGGCGGCCAUCACGCGCCGCGACGCCAUCAUCACCGCCUACCGCGACCACUGCCUCUACCUGGCCCGCGGGGGCACCCUCGUCGCCGCCUUCGCGGAGCUCAUGGGCCGCGUCGACGGAUGCUCCAGGGGCAAGGGCGGCUCCAUGCACUUCUACAAGAAGGACGCCGGCUUCUUUGGCGGCCACGGCAUCGUCGGCGCGCAGGUGCCGCUCGGGUGCGGGCUCGCCUUCGCGCAGAGGUACAGGAAGGAGGGGACGGUCACGUUUGAUCUGUAUGGGGAUGGUGCUGCCAACCAGGGGCAGCUCUUCGAGGCGCUCAACAUGGCCGCGCUCUGGAAGCUGCCCGUCAUACUCGUCUGCGAGAACAACCACUAUGGGAUGGGGACGGCCGAGUGGAGGGCCUCUAAGAGCGCGGCGUACUACACGCGCGGGGACUAUGUGCCCGGGCUCAAGGUUGAUGGGAUGGAUUUCCUCGCGGUGAAACAAGCCUGUAAAUUUGCCAAAGAACAUGUUCUUGAGAAUGGACCAAUCAUUCUUGAGAUGGACACAUACAGAUACCAUGGCCAUUCUAUGUCAGAUCCAGGCAGCACGUACCGCACUAGAGAUGAGAUUGCAGGAAUAAGACAGGAACGUGAUCCGAUUGAGCGGGUCAGAAAGCUGAUAUUGGCCCAUGACUUGGCAACAGCCCAGGAGCUUAAGGACAUGGAGAAGGAAAUUAGGAAGGAAGUUGACAUUGCAAUUGCCAAAGCAAAGGAAAGCCCAAUGCCUGACGAAUCCGAGCUGUUCAAAAAUGUGUAUGUCAACGACUGCGGCCUGGAGUCUUUUGGGGUGGACAGGAAGGUUGUGAGAACCGUUCUUCCUUAGGCUGGCAAGCGACAAGCCUGGCUAUUUUGUACUAGUACGAUGAUACGUGCUGGGGAGGCAUAAUUCAGUCAGAACAAGGAGUCCUUGGUCGCACUGUCCGUUUUCUGCAGCUAAAUAAAUAUGUAUAUAGAGAUGCAUCAACAUUUGGAAUCUUUACCGCAUUGUAUUGCAGUCAUUUUCCAACUUCUUGUGGACGCCAGUUGAGGAUGUGCACCUUAGCUUUUGGUGUUAUCUUUUUAUUAGGGCGUCUGUCGAUUAUCAUGGUCGAUGGUUCAUGACAAAAUGAGGCAGUGUACAAUAUGCAGUUGAUUGUGUACUUUUU